CUGCGGGGGAAAGACGCGGAAUGGGGAUUGCCGGGGCUAAGCGGAGACGGAUUUGGUUCCGCGGAGAGGCGCGCAACCCCGCGAUUUCUCCAUCUCAUUAAGAAUUCACACAUACUUCAACUUCUCUCCACAUUGUCCUUUUUCUUUUCUUCCUCCAUUUUCUAUUUUCGCAUCGUCCUCCUCCAUCACACCCACUAUGGCUUCCUGGCUACAGAUCCCCAAAAACUCGCCCUUUUCGUUGGCCAACAUCCCGUUCGGAAUUAUCUCCACUGCCAAAGCGGCCUCGCGCGUCCCGGCCAUUGCCAUCGGCGACUAUGCCUUGAACCUGAAUGCCUUUGCCUCGUCCGGCGGCUUCGCUCAGCUCCCCUCUUUCGAACAGUACCUCAAUGUCUUCAGCCAGCCCACUCUCAACGCCUUCGCAGCAUUGGGACGGCCAGUGCACCGCCAAGUGCGCGAGUACAUUCAGGCUGUCUUCCGCGCCGAUACGCCCUACCCGCAGAUCCUCAAAGAGAACGUCUCCCUGCAGGAAGAGGCCCUCCUGCCUCUGUCCGAAGUGACCAACCAUGUCCCCAUGCAAAUCGGCGACUACACGGACUUCUACGCGGGUCUGAACCACGCCCACACCAUGGGCGUCCUCCUGCGGGGCGCCGACAACGCGCUGCAGCCCAACUACAAGCACCUGCCCGUCGCCUACCACGGGCGCGCAUCCUCGAUCGUGCCAUCCGGCACGCCGAUCCACCGCCCGCACGGCCAGAUCCUCAGCGAUCCGACCGCGGUGCCCAAGGUGCCAACCUUCACGACCUGCAAGCGGCUGGACAUUGAGCUCGAGAUCGCGGCGUUCGUCAGCACGCCGAACGAGAUGGGCCAGCCCGUCUCGAUCAAGGAGGCCGAGGACCACAUCUUCGGGCUGGUGCUGAUGAACGACUGGUCGGCGCGGGACAUCCAGGCGUGGGAGUACGUGCCGCUGGGCCCGUUCAACGCGAAGAACUGGGCGACGACGAUCUCGCCGUGGGUGGUGCUGCUGGACGCGCUGGAGCCGUUCCGCACGGCAGUGCUGGAGCCGGAGAACAACGACAAGCUGCUGCCCUAUCUGCGCGAGAAGCGCACCGACAGCGUCUUCGACAUCCCGCUCGAGUUCGAGAUCACCAAUGAGGGCGGCCAGCCCACGAUGAUCUCGCGCAGUAAUGCCCGAAACCUGAUCUUCUCGUUUCCGCAGAUGCUGGCGCACCACACGAUCACGGGCUGCAACUUGCGCACGGGCGACCUGCUGGGCAGCGGCACGAUUUCAGGCAAGGAGAAGGGCCAGGAGGGCAGUUUGAUCGAGCAGACGAAGGGCAAGACGCCGAUCCAGUUGGCUGACGGCUCGGACCGGAUUUUCCUGGAGGAUGGCGAUACGGUAGUCUUGCGGGGGAAGGCGGGGACGGAGGGGAGUUAUGUGGGAUUCGGGGACUGUACGGCCAAGAUUUUGCCGGCUGUACAGUUGAAUUUGGACUGAAUACUUAGUAGUAGUACUAGUACUAGUACCUCGCUGGCUGUUGUAUAUUGUUCCAAUGAAUACAAAUAAUGCCUACGCUGCACAAAACCACCACUUCGAAACAUAAACAAACCCCAAAGAAACACUCGUACCUGCCACCACUACUACUUACUCAACCCUAAGUUCGACCGGGGUAUCUCCCUGCCUCCC